GAUACGUGUGAGUGGGUGGGCGUGCGACUGCGUGUCUGCGUGUGAAUGUGGGAGCACGCGUGUGACCCUCUGUGCGUGUGCGUGUGCGUUGGGGCCGGCAGUGGGACGUGGACGUUGAAGGUUCCUUGGAAGGAGCGGUCUCGGGGCUGGGUCUCAAGGGACAGAAGGGCGGUGGGCAGCGGGCAGCGUGGACAGAAUCAGCAGUCGCGAGGGAUCCUGGGUUGGGGCAGUUGAAGCCAGCGCCUGGCAUGACCGAGAAAAACAGAUGAGCUUGGUGGGUGCACCGGGGGCUGAUCGUGCAAACCCCGGAGGGCCGCGGAAAGCCGUCCGCAGGGCUGGGAGCUCCUAAGUCAGAAAGACGGCCCGGCACCAGGACCCUGCCCCCUGGCACUUACUGGCAGACACUCAUCAGGAGGCCGUGUCCCCAGGUGGUUGAGCGAAUAGGCUCUGAUGUCACCUGUCCUGGGUUCAAGUCCCCGUUCUACCAUCGUGUGGCAUGGACAAAUUACUUACCUCCUUGGGGCCUCAGUUUCCCCAGCUCCCCACCAGCAGGUUAACCGAGCGCCUGCUGCGUGCCACGCCCAUUGUGCUUCAUCCAGUGGGCUUGGCACGGUCACCCCUCGUUGACAGAUGAGCAAACUUAAGUCGCUCGUCCUGGGAGAAGCCGGGACUCAGCCCCCAGUCUGUCCAGCUUGGGCUCAGGCAUGUUUGGCUGCAGGAUGGUCACGCCUCUGGCCUCUUCCAUGGUGGCACAAGGGCCAGCUGGAGCUGCCGUUAAUCAGAGCCUGGUCACUCCCCACAUCCACCUCCCCGGGGGCUCAGAGAGGGGAAGCAUAUUGCCCAUAGUCCUACGGCAAGAGAGGCAGCCUGUAACCAAACCCGCCCUCUUUGGCACAAAAUAGAUGCUCGAAAGACUUUGGGGCGCCUGGGUGGCUCCCUCGGUUAAGCCUCUGACUCCUGAUUUCGGCUCAGGUCAUGAUCUCACGGUUCAUGGGCUCGAGCCCCGCAUCAGGCUCUGCGCUGGCAGUGUGGAGCCUGCUGGGGAUUCUCUCUCUCCCUCUCUCCCUCUCUCUCUCUGCCCCUCCCUGCUCACUCCCUCUCUCUCUCUCAAAAUAAACAAAUAAACUUAAAAACAUUUUUUUUAAAAAGUCAAGAGACUUUAAAGAUGCCUUGGGCACAUUGCAGAAGAGGAAGCUGAGGUCUGGUGACGGAGUUUCUGCACCGCCCAGCAAGGCCUGGCUCACAGCAGGUGCCUGAUAAGUGUUUAGGAUCUGAAGACCCACUGUGCGCGCACGGCAUCUUGCCGAGACACUCACCUACGUUGUCAUCUCAUUUGAUCCUACCUCGACCUCGUGAGUUGGGUACGAGCAUCCCUCCCAUUCUAUAGAGGGGACACUGACACUCGGGAAGGUUGAGUCCCAAGCCACGUUGGCAACCGGCGGUGACAACAGCAAGCUGAUGAUGAUAUUUGUGGGGCGAUGGACCAGCCCUUGAUCGAAGCACCUGACACAUCCGUGAAGGGCACAUCACCACCCUGUGGUGCGGGUGUUAUUGGCGUUUUAUGGAUGAGGCGGUUGGUUUUGAGGUUCGGUCACUCGCUGCAUUUAUGAGGCACCUGCCGUGUACCCGGCCCGCGUCGGCUCUGGGGCGCCCACCUCUGGUCUCAGGCCUGUGUCUCCCAGUGAAAUGCCGCGCUGACUCCUGGUCACGGAUGAAACAAAAUCAGCCAAUGGUCACCGAGCUCCUCGAGUCCCAGACGCUGUCCCGCGCCCGUAACCAGAGCCUGACGUCUAACCUUAAUGCUCCUCAGAACCCGGAUCCCGGCCAGAGCCACGACUACACCCGCUAAGUGGGCUGCCUUGGGAGGUGGUGAGCAGCCUGUCACUGGGAGAAUCCAAGCAGGGCGGCCAUGGAGGAACAUGUCUACUCAGAGUUCCCAAACCUUCCCGGAAGGCGGCGGCGGUGCUGUGGGCAAGGGACCCAGAUGGCACUGUUGGGGCUGGUGACCGUCAUGCUGUGGGCCGGGCUGCUGACCCUGCUUCUCUUCUGGCACCAGGACGCUGUACAGAAUCUGAAACAGCUGGAAGAAACCGCUGCCCAGAACGUCUCUCAGGUUGCCAAGGACUUGGAAAGACACAGAGGGGAUGAGAUGGCCCAGAAAUCCCAGGCUGCCCAGGUGUCACAGAACAUGGAGGAAAUCCAAGCUGAACAGAAAAGAAUGAAAGCUCAGGACUCUGAGCUCUCCCGGAACCUGGAUGGACUUCGUUCAGACCUGAGCAACCUCAAGUCCCAGAGCUUGAACGAGAGGCGCACAGCCUUGCACUCAUUGGAAAGGCUCCAGCAGGAGGUGGUAAAGCUGUGGAUUGAGCUCCACGUGUCCAACGCCCGGACCCCAAGAGUGACCCCAGGAGAGACGCUGCCACCCACCCUGCCUAUUGUCCCCACGGUGCCGGCCACGGCGCCGGCCACAGCGCCCGCCACGGCACCGGCCACAACGUCCGCCACCGCGCCGGCCACAGCGCCCGCCACGGCGCCGGCCACAGAGCCCGCCACGGCGCCGGCCACAGAGCCCGCCACGGCACCGGCCACAACGUCCGCCACCGCGCCGGCCACAGCGCCCGCCACGGUGCUGGCCACGUCCGCCACGGCGCCGGCCACAGCGCCCGCCACGGCGCCCUCCACGGUGCCCACCACGGCCGCACCCCUGAGCCUCUCCUCCGCCCCAGGCUCCACGUGUAACACGUGCCCCGAGAACUGGGUCAACUUCCAGAGGAAAUGCUACUACUUCGGCGAGGGCGCCAAGAAGUGGAUCCAGGCCCGGUUUGCCUGCAGCAAACUGCAAGGGCGGCUGGUCAGCAUCCACAGCCAAGAGGAGCAGGACUUCCUGGCCAAACGCGCCAACAGGAAGGGCACCUGGAUUGGCCUUCGGGACCUGGACAUAGAGGGGGAGUUUAUCUGGAUGGAUGAGAACCCCCUGAACUACAGCAACUGGCGGCCGGGGGAACCCAACAACCAGGGCCAGGGCGAGGACUGCGUGAUGAUGCAGGGCUCCGGGCAGUGGAACGAUGCCUUCUGUGGCAGCCGGCUGGACGGCUGGGUGUGUGACCGGCUGGCCACAUGCUGACAGCCCCUCCCCCGCCACCUCGGCCCCCUCCCUGGGGUUCCCCGGGAGGUCCUGGGAGACGCAGACCCUGAUGGCCCCUUGCCCACCUGCCAGGUGCACCCCUGCGUUGCUCCCCCAGCUCAGACACAGGAGCAGCUGGGCCCACGGCGGGGCCCGCAGCCUCGGCCUGGAUGCCUGUUUUGUGGCUAAGGCCCCAGCAUCCCUUUCUCCUGCCCAAGAGGAAGAAGGGCUGUUGACCCCUCCCCGGCUCCUGCCAAUGCCCCUGAGGGCCUGUCCCUUACUCCUCAGCCCAGCAGGCUGUCACCAUGUCCCUGCCUUUAAGGGCUCAGAGUACCCACCUCGAGAACUCUCCAGAGAGCCUCAGACCCCUGUGAGCUUCCUCUGUCGGGCCGCCCCGCAGUCUGCUGGAGUCAAGACCACACCCCCACCCCACCCCUGGCCUCCCCAGAUGCAGCCCCCGUGUCUUAGCACCCCAGGGAGAGGUCCCCGGCUCAGGCAGCCAGUCCCCUUGCCCCCAGCCCAUGUCAAUAAAAUGGGGGCGAAGAUGGCCCCAUCUCAGAAGCCUCCAGGUGUGGGAGCCAGGAGUUCCAGAACCUGGUGCCUGAGUCCGUCUCUGAGUAUCCAGAACAGCUGAAGCAGCAAUUGUAUCUCUCCACCGUUUCCCCUCUACUUUAUUACAAGAAGCAUGUACUAGGCAGGGCUGGAGACAAAGACUCUGGGAUCUAAUGGAGCAGAGAACACCCUAGAUGCCUAAAAAUACCACAGGGCAGGGCAGUGGGCUGGUCCUCCCGCCUAGGCUGCUGGCAGGAGGGCACAAGCUCACGCAUGGGAAGUGCUGAAUGGACCUGGUAUACAGAAGGCACUCAGUAAAUGCUAGCAGGCCCAGGGUGGCCUGGCCACCCAGGUCCAAAGGUGCUGGUAUGACUCUGACACAGGUUUUGAAAGAAACAGGUGGCACCAGCCCUGCACCAGAGGCUGAGGAGGGAGGCGGGCCAGGAUCGCAGGACACCCCUCGUUAAACUCCUCGCCUACUCACCCCACCCCCAGCUCCCGGCCUAGGAAGAAAGAACCAGGGGUGCCUGGGUGGCUCACUUGGUGAAGGGUCUGGCUUCGGCUCAGGUCAUGACCUCACAGUUCGCAGGUUCAAGCCCCGCAUCAGUUUGUGCUGAGGGCGGAGCCUGGAGCCUGCUUCCGAUUCUGUCUCUGUCUCUCUCUCUCUCUGCCCCUCCCCUGCUUGCACUCUCUCUCUUUCUAAAAAUAAAUCAACAUUAAAAAAAGAAAAGGAAGAACCAGAUGGCUCACGUGAUUCUCAAGCCUCCUGGAGGGGAAUCCGUCGGGGGAGGACCACACUGGACCACCUUGGACCUGGGAGUCAGGGGCCCGGGCCUAGGCGGCUGGGAAGGGCCCUACAGUGGCACCCAGGAGACCUGGGGCCGGGAAAGGGCAGGGAUAGAGCUCGUCCUAGGUCACCUGUUACCAAGCC